UGGUUGACUUGGAUUUCAGUACAUAUCUGUCCACAGGUGUUGGAAAAUUACUCAGAUGCUCCAAUGACCCCCAAACAGAUUCUGCACGUUAUAGAGACUGAAGGACUCAAAGAAAUGAGAAGUGGAACUUCUCCCUUGGCAUGUCUGAAUGCUAUGCUUCACACUAAUUCUCGUGCAGAUGAUGGAAUGUUUUACAGACUUCCAGGGCGGAUGGGUCUUUAUACAUUGAAGAAAGAUGCAUUGUUAUGGUCCAAAAACGUGCCCAUUGGUGAUGUUGAAGGUUAUGAUGAUGGACCUGACUUGGAAAGCUGUGACUCUAAUGAAACCAGUACCACGGGUGAGGAAAAUGAUGCAUCACCGGUGUCUGAUGAGAGUUCCUCAAAUGCAUCAUGUUCCACUGAUAAUCAAGGCAAACAAGUGUCCCCUGGCAAACAGAACAGCCACAAAGCAACUCAGCAGCCUGUAAAGCAACAGCCAAAAAAGAAGAUUGGAGUUCCGGUGAUGAUGAGCAAAUCUAUUCCAAGAGUUGUGUUGACACCACUGAAAGUAAAUGGAGAACAUGUGGAAUCAGCUUCAGCAUUUGCAGCAAAGCACACAGAUGGUGAGUCAAGCAGUGCAUCUAGUGGUAGUUCCUGCACAGUGACUUCAGGGAGCACACAAUACAACAGAACAGAAAUGAAUAAACUUCAGUGCAGGUCUAGCCUGAACCGGAAACCUGGACAGCAUUUUAGAGCCCUGAGAAGGCCAAACACGGCAGGACAGAUGAAGCGGAACAGAGGGGAAGAGAUUGAUGUUGAAACACCUGGAUCAAUUCUUGUCAAUACGAAUCUACGUGCUUUGAUCAACUCACGGACUUUUACUUCUUUGCCACUACAUUUUCAGCAACAGCUGCUAUUUCUACUGCCGGAGGUGGACAGGCAGGUUGGUACUGACGGUAUAAUGCGGCUCAGCAGUUCAGCCCUAAAUAAUGAGUUUUUCACCUCUGCAGCUCAGGGAUGGAAGGAGCGAUUAGCAGAAGGGGAAUUUACACCUGAAAUGCAACUUCGGCUCCGUCAAGAAAUGGAAAAAGAAAAGAGAGUGGAACUGUGGAAAGAGAAUUUCUUUGAAGAUUAUUAUGGGCAGAAACUGGGCUUGACUAAAGAAGAAUCAGAACAGCAGACAUCAGUACAAGUGGGAAUAGAAAAUGAAGCCAGUUCACCUGUAUUAGCAGGACCAUCUAAACAGCAAAGUCCGGUUAAAAAGCAGGAUGAGAGAUUAAGGAAAUGUACUAGAAGUUCAAAGGUGGACCUCAAAUGUAGAGUGAAGAGGAGCCUUAUUAAAGAAGCAAAGGCUGAACUUACUGAACCAAGUGAAAAAACAGAUUCAUGUACGGUGUCUUUUCAAGAUACCAGAGGCCAGAAACAGCACAAUCAUGAGGCCAAGGUGUUUCACACUGUUGGCUGUGCAGAUGAAGAUCAACUUAGUUUAAGUAAUAAUGAAGCUAGACCGGGACAGCUAGAAGAAAAUCUUCCAAAUAAAUCUGUCUUAAACUCGAAACCUAUAUUACUUACAGAAAGACCUGCAGGAAUACAAUCUCAAGAACAUAGCAAAUCUGAUGGAUGUUCAGAGUUGACUGAUGUGCAACCUGCUGGAAUUUCUAAGGAUCAGAUCACCUGUCUUACUAUAAGGAGUGCUGUUUUGAAAAGUGAGUUAGAGCACAAUUCGUCAGAGUCCAAAGACCAAAAGAGAAAGUCUUCUGAGCACAGUGCCUCAACCUCUGGCCCUGAGAAAAAACCACGUCUUGAAGAUCAUCAGUCCUUUCGGACCGCAAUUGAUAGCUUUCGGACAGAAAAAGAGCAUCCUACAAAAGAAGAACCAAAGGUGCCACCAAUUAGGAUUCAACUCUCAAGAAUCAAACCACCAUGGGUUGUCAAAGGGCAGCCAACCUAUCAGAUAUGCCCCAGAAUCAUCACUACAGUUGGAACAGUCAGUCGAGAAAGGACAGGUGCCAGAACACUUGCAGAUAUCAAAGCCCGUGCUCAGCAAGCCAGGGCACAAAGGGAGGCAGCAGCAGCUGCAGCUGCCAGUGUUACAGUGGAAGGAGGGGGAAGGGGUAGUGGUAGUAAUGGACCACGGGGCAUUGAUUCCCUCGGACAGAUCGACGGAAAAGCAAAAGCCCUUGAACAAACUACAACAAAACAUCAGUAUAGAGCACAGCUAUUCCAAACCUGCUCAACAGAUGAGCCAGGAAAAAGCAGUGAUGGAGAGAAUAGUGUUAAGCAAGGUGUUAUAAUUGAGGAGUGUGUGGAAAGUGAUCUAAUUGACACAACACCAAGUAAAUUGGAGACAGAUGAUAUCCAGCAAACUGAAUUGGGAGGUGAUACCAAUUACACAGUAAUUAACAGUAAAUCACCAGAUUUAGUGGUCGAUGUGCAAGAUUGCAACCAAGCGACUGUUUCUCAACUGAGUGACAUAGUGGUUUCUGAUGGGCAAACAGACAGUGAUGAAACUGAAAUUCUUCAAGAGGGUCAACCACCCGAAACACUGGACUUGUCUGCUGACCGAGACAAUAUUUGUAUAGAGUCGAGUGAAAAGCUUAAAUGUGAAGCAGUAAUCCUUUCAUUUCCUGAAACCGAUAAUCCUGUGCAUCUACCCUGUGAUCAAACCCAGAAGUCUGUAAAAGAUAAAACAAGUUGCAUUGAAGAAUCUCUUCAAAACUGUGGUUUCUCUAGACCAAUAAUUGCUGAAACUAAGAAUACUGUCGUUCUCAACGCUAUGGGCAUCCCUCUUGUGGGGGUGAAAACUGCAGAAUCUGAUUCAUUGCCAAGUAAUGAAAUGGAAACAAAAGUAAACACUACAGAUGUUUUGUCCACCCAACUAUCAGGUGAAUUUCCAGAAACUGACUUAUGUGAGCAAGAGGUUAAUAGAUGCACCAUAAAAGAAAUUGAAUCUCCAUUAAUCCAUAAAGUAACUUGUUCUCCAAUUUUGCAGUCACAAGACGAAAAUGACAGUGAUUGUGUUGAAGUAAAUGUAAAUAAUCAGCAUGAAAUAAACACAUUGCUGGAAGCUUCAAAUAUAUCACAUAUCGCAGAGAAACAAAUGACAUCUGUAAUAGUGUCAACAUGCUCUAAUAAAGAUCCCAGCCAUUCAUUAACACAGAAACUUUCUCUCAAGUCGGAGGGGCAUGACUGUUUUGUUUCUGAUGACACAGAAUGUGCAACGGAGCAGCUUGUGAAACAUGAGCAGACAAUAGCAAAUGGCAGGCACCAGUCAAUAGAAUCAGAUGUUGCAGCAUUAGAGGAUGUCUUUGGCCAGCUAGUGAGCAAAAGGCAGCAAAAUUCUGGGAGUGACCUGAAUAAGAGUGGCUUGUAUUAUAAGACUGAAAAAGGUAGCCACCUGUCUGACGAAAGUUGUAUACAGCCCACAAAUCAAAGAAUACUGAAAGAUGACAGAACCCCUGUUGGUUCUAAAAGUGGUGUAAUUGUGGAAAGUCCUGAUGCCUGCAAAGGGACUGAUAAUGGUGAUCUGCCCAAACAGUUACAGAUGGUAGAGGAUGAUCAGCCGCAAAAGGAUGAAAGACCAAAUGAGUGUCAGAACAACAAGGCUGAAGAUUUGCAUAACAUGCAUCAGACUGUCUCUCUGCUACAUCCAAGUGUUGAAGAGCCGAAAAAAAUUGGUAAUUUCAAUAGGCCACUGUCAUCCGUUGAAGUCAAUAACCCCUUGGUCACCCAGUUACUUCAGGGCAGCCUUCCUUUAGAGAAGGUUUUGCCACAGUCUCAUUCUGGUACUAAAUUGGAGAUAACUAGGUUGCUUAUUCCACCUCCGUUGCUUUCUGAGAACCCACAAGUUAAGCAGGAAAGAAAUUUCAGUCAGUCAACUGUUGAUGAUGUUCCACAAACAACUGAUAUCAAAAGUAUAAUCAGUGGAGUACAUAGUGGAAUCAAGUUAUCUGACUGUCAUUUGCAUAAAAUAUUGUCAGGAGAUUUUCGAGAUCUGUCUCAAAAACGAAUUGAACAGAUGAAGUCAACUGUACUGCAGUCCAGUAAGCAAUAUGUGCAAUCACAGAUGGUCUUGGACAGAGAUUCUAGGAGUCUUGGAGAUGGUCCAGUUGUACAGGAGCAGCAAAAUAGAACACCAGAUCUUUCUAAACCUGUUCAAGAGUCUGAAGCAACAACAGAAAAAGUAACUCGAGCUACUUGCAGUUUUGAAGAUGGCAGCAAAGAGCUAAUGAAAGUCUCCCCUGGAAACAUACACAAUCCCAAUGUGAAAAAUCCUAUAAUUAGAAACAUGCCUGAGACGUUGAAGCAAAUCAGUAACUCUACUGUGUCUGGCUAUUACAUUCCAAAUACACCAACCUUUUGUAAAAGUCUGGAGGCUCAGAACACAAUAUUUGGUUCAGUAAUAGCUAAAGCUUGCAGUGGAAUACCAGGGAGGCAAAAGGUUAGUCAUGGUUAUUUGCAUAACACAGUUGUUGUGCAAAAUGAUGGAAGCUGUAGAGCAACAGAAGUAAUUAAGAUUCAGUCAAAGGGUUCUGUUAUUGAGCAUGUGCCAGGCAUUGCCCAGACUUCACCAGAAAGGAAUUUAAUUGGAAUGGAGAAUAUGCCAAAUGCAAGAAGGGAAUGGCUUCCUAAACUGCAUGAAAGCUUUAAAGUCAUCAAAACUGAAAAUAUACCCACAUGUAGAGGAAAUAACCAAAACCAAGACAUCAUUGGUAUAAAUGAUGGUGCAUACAUUCCGUUUGAUUCCAAAGACAAAUUGUAUGUUGGACCAAUAAAGAUGGACUGCAAUAUUGGAAAGGUUAUUAAAGAGACUGGUCUACAAUUUCAGCAUUCGUCAGAACAUUCUCUGAUUAAUUCCCAGCUCAGUAUUCAACAGCAGUUAUACGGCAAGCUUCCUAAACUUUCCUUCAGUAGCACAGGAUUUAGUCAUAUCACCAACACAUCUGUUUCAGAACUCUCUAUGAGUAACUUUCCAGCAUCUCUUGCUGGAAGCGUAAUGUCACUGAGUCAAAAGGCAAACUUUGGGAAUCAUAAUUCUUCGGUUCCUGCUCAGACAUUUGCUGAAAGCAGUGGUGUCAACGAAAUGACUUUUAAAUGUUCUUGCAGAUUAAAGGCCAUGAUCAUGUGCAAAGGAUGUGGAGCAUUUUGCCAUGAUGAUUGUAUAGGCCCAUCUAAGCUUUGUGUAUCAUGUCUUGUGGUGAGAUAGUGAAGAACUGUUGUGAAGAAAUGACUAAUCUGGAUCCCUAUGAUAUGGAUUAUUAUAGCAUGGUGAAAGUGCAACAUUUAUGUAUCAAAAUUGUGUAUCAUUGUGUAUAAUUUUGCCUUUUUUGAGUCCAGUCUGGCCACUGUACAUAAAUGGAAAGGCAGAUAAACUGCAUGCAAAUACAUUAGGAAGUGUAUCUUAGCAGUUCCUAAUGAACCAUUUUUGAACUGCAAAUCAUGAGGGACCUAUCUGUUGAAAUUCCUAUUAGAAUUUUUUUUGCUGAUGUUAGUCUUUUCUUACCAGAAAUGUGUAAAGAUGAAGUUGUUGAUUUCACAAUAAUGGUCUAUGCACUGAUUUAGUUUGUAAAACUGAAAGCAACAUGUUAAUACUGUAAAACUGACCACAUGAUUAAGCAUGUUGAGUUUUUGCUAUUUGUUCAUGACCUAAUAUAAAGCAGUGUUCAGUUAUUUUUUCAAUGUUAAAAUGCUUAUAGUCUCCUACAUUAGUAUGCUUUGCAUGUCGGUGAUGUUGCUCUUCAUAAAGAUUGAAUUGGAGAGUGCAGUAUUUGGUGCUUCCAGUGCAUUACUGACACUGGUAUCUUUACACUUUGUUUUGUUUAGCUUGCUUCCCCAUUAUUUGGAAGUGGUAGAAUACAACCUAUGAACACAGUGUUAGCAAAGAUGCAAGCUUAUUAGGUGGCCUUAUAGAAGUGGUUUGUUGUUUUCCAUCUAUAAUUGCGAAGAACAAUGGGGCAGAAGUCUUUUACUUCAUUGUUUGACCUGAGUCUCAUUCCCUGUUUACCAAAGACAUUCUGCAAAUAUAAAUUUAUUUAGAAGUGGCUUUACCAACUCAUUCUCAGGGUACAUUAAUCUCCAGCCAUCAAAUCUUUCUCCUUUCUAUUUGUCUAUGUUCAUGCUGUUGUGUUGACUGAGUAUAUGCUUGGGAUUUAUUAGUCUCUAAUGCGUGGGUGACUUUUCUGUCUGUAUUUGCUGUAUUUUUAUUUACACCUUUACACAGUAUUGAAUUGUGUAGUAAAUUGAAUAAAAUACAUUAAUUAUA